AGAUUUGGAUCUCUCGAGUCUUAACUUAUCAAACGACUCGCCGGGGAUUGCCGGGUGCAGUAGGCAUAGCUGUAGAUACUGGUCGUAUAACCUCUCGGAAAGUGGAUUAAACUUUUGCGUUAAAAUUUGGCAAAAUGUCAACUGAGGAAGACAAACAAGUAAAAGAAGAAAGUCAACCAGAACUUCGUGUUGGUCCUGAUCCAAAUGUUGUCUAUCCAAUAAAAGUACAAUAUUGUGGAAAUUGUUCACUGCCCAUUGAGUAUUGUGAGUAUUAUCCAGAUUAUCCUAAAUGUAAAGAAUGGCUAGAAAAGAAUCUACCUUCUGAGUUCGAAAAAGUAAAAUUAGUGGAUGAUUCUACUACAGAAGCUGGUAGUACUGAAGAUGAAAAGAAAAGACAAAAGAGAGGAGGAAAAGGCAUGCUUAAGACAAAAAAAAAAGAAGAAGUACAAAAAUUAGUUACAGUUUCCAGAGCUCCAAGGGGAAAGAAAAAAUCUGUCACAGUUGUUACUGGUCUGAGUACUUUUGAUAUCGAUUUGAAAAUAGCGGCAAAGUUCUUUGGUAGUAAAUUUGCAUGUGGAUCUAGUGUAACUGGGGAGGAUGAAAUUGUGAUACAAGGUGAUGUCAAAGAUGACUUAUUCGAUGUGAUCCCAGAAAAGUGGCCUCAGAUUGAUGAGGAUUCGAUAGAUGAUCUUGGUGAUCAAAAGAGAUAAUAAGUCAAUAAAAUAGUUUGUGCACAAGACUAUUUACUGAACAAUAUUAUGUCAAUGAAAUGAUGUUUAUUAUAGACUUAUGUAUAUAAAAAUAAGAUUAAAUACAACAUUCUUCUAUAAACGGU